AACGCGAUGUUUCGUUAAAACAAAGUUAAGUGAUAGAGAACAACAAAAAUAUAAGGCUUGUAAAUCGUAACUAUAUUGUUUACGUCUGUCAAAUAAUUCGAAAAAAAUUAUUUUACGAAGUGCAUAAAUAAUUUUUCUUUCAUAAAUAAAUGGAUUUUUAGUUUACGGUGUUGAAUUGAGGUCAAUACCUGUUCAAUUAUAGAAUAAAAUAAUGCCUCAACUAAAUAAUAGUUCAUCACAAAAUCGUAAACAACAGAUUAGAGUUAGAGAGAGCACAGCAUUACUGCCCGCUGCAUUUGUAGAAUCACCGCCUCCACCAUUACUCAAAAAUGAAAUUGUAGAUCUAGAAUAUGGGGAACUACCUUCCUCGGGUUCAUCAGUUAAGCGUGGCCCUGGACGACCUCGAAUAAAACCUCCUAAGUUGCUCGAAUCCGAAGAAGAAUUGGAUUCACCAGUCAAACGUGGACCUGGACGACCUCGAAUUAAGACACCUAAGAUGGUUGAAUUCGAAGAAUUAUGGGCACAAAAAAAAGCUGUUAAAGCUGAAGGAAGUAACGAUGGAAAUCAACCAAAAUCUAGCAAAAGAAAAGAUACCUCCAUGGAAUCAGAAAGUAUAUCACCGCCAAUGAAACGUAUAAAAUUAAAGCCUGGACCAAAAACCUCAAUUUUGAAUAGACCUUUUGAUUGUGUACAAAUAUCAGAAGAAAUGAAACAGGAAAUUAUUAAAAAUCAACCAAUACUUCGACUACAGCGAAUAAAUGAGUGUAUAGUUUCAAUAAAAAGUAAGAAAGCACCAAGUAUAGCUACAAAAGGAAAUCGACGAGGUACGACCUACAAUGCCACUGCAAUGCCUAACACACCAGAAUCUGUUGUUCGAGAACCAGUAUUUAUAGCCGUUGAAGAUGAUAAUACCGAUUCAAAUACCGUAUCUCAUCCUAUUGUUGAUACUAAUGAUACAAAUAUUUCAUCGUCAGUUAUGUGUCGCCUCUGUGGUGUUGCUGGACCGAAUCGCUUUUCAUUAAUAGGAUCGAGAUCUGAAAGAUUAAAUUUACUUUGUCAUUUGAAACAUUAUUUAAAUAUCGAAAUAUUUGACGAAGAAAAUUUGCCAUUACAUGUAUGCCCAUUGUGUUCACAAACUAUAAUUUCAUUUUAUAAGUUCCACGGUCGUGUUAAAACUGCUACGAAUCGACUGCAAGCUGUAGUUAAUGAAAGUACAUUAAAUCCACAGCGUAGUUGGGAGAGUGUACCUUGGUACGGAGAUAAUAUUCUUGCAACAGCUACGGCAACAAAUGAUUAUCUUACUAAGAAACAUCUGCGAAAAUUAGAAGAAAAUAAAAAAGGUAAAACAAAAAAUACUUCAACAAAAUUUGUCACAACUAACAUAGAAAAACUGUUUGGUAAUAAAACUAAAAGUAACGGAAUAAAUCCUGAAUUAAUUGUUGAACCUGUUGAGGACGAAGAUACUGAAAAUGCAGAUGAUGAUGUACAUGAUAGAGAUUGGUUGUCCUCGGGAUCUCCUUCAUCAAUCAAAUCUACACCAAAAUCGAAACAAGUUUCUAAAAAGUUCGAUACAUCUAAAAAUCAAAUCGAAACUAUCACUAUCAGCGAUGCUGACGAACCUGUAAAUCCACAAAAAAUUAUAACACCAAAAUUAGCUUUACAACCUGGUCAAAUUCAAACAAUACCACGUUUAGUUUUGGCAAAACCACCGGCCAUGACUCCAAAACCAACAACUAUAAACAACACAAUUCCAAUUUUAAAUUCGCCUAGUACUGGAGAUAAUGCAAGUGGUUCAAAAACUUAUUUAAUUCCCAUUCAAAAUUUAGUUAAUGCGGGGAUAACAGGAUUAAAUCAAGGAUCUCCAUUGAAAUUCGCAUUAUCUGCUAAUGGUCAACCAAUUUUAUUACAACCAGCUGGUGCAAAUACUAUAAAAUUUGUACCAAAUUCAAAUAUUUCAGAUAAGAAUCUUGCACCAAAACCAUUAGCAUCGAUAAAAGGUAUCACCAAUAAUACCAUUAUCACGUCACCGCCGGUUAAUGUAAAUCAGAUACUUACCACAAGCAACACUUCAAUUCCAAUAAAAACUAUAUCACCUGUAGCAACGAUUGUACCAAAUGCAUCGCCAAAUAUUCUAAAACCAAAGCCCGCCAGUACCAUAGUUGUGAGUCAACCUAAAGUACAAGUCAAAUCGCAACAAUCGUUGAACUCUCCAAAAACUACAAGUAUUUUGAGCACCACAUCUACAUCUUCAGCAACAUUGAUUACUCCAUUAAAAAGUACAGUGACGAAAACUUCUUCGACUCCACAAAUGCCUGUAACAAGGACAUUAGUAAAAAUCUCUACACCCGUCUCAAAAACCACUUCUACAACCUCUCUCACAAAAGCUACUCCUACUUCUACAAAAUCCGUCUCUACUCCUACGAAACCCAUUUCUAUUCCUGUAAAACCUACUCUAAAUACCACAAAACUCACCACUAAUACUGCAAAACCAACUUUGACACCGCCAGCGAAAGGAAAUCCUUUAUUGCUUUCAGGAAAGACUUAUGCGAACAAAGCCAUUACAAGUACAACUCCAAAAACAAUAGGAUCUCCAAUAACAACAUCUUCGAUUUCAAAAAGAAACUCCGAUAUGCCAGAUUGUUUACCAUUAGACCCGCAUGAAGAGAGAAAAUUAAAUGAGGAUUUCCAACCUCCCUCAAAAGAUGAUAAAUACACAUACGUUGUUCGAAUGGAUCGUAAUAUAGGCGAACAGCCUUACUUUAUAUUAACAGCAAAUCCAAUAAAAUUAAAAUCACCCGAAUUAACUCAAAACAAUGUUGGUAUUAUCUGUAAGGAUGUAUACAAAGCGGAAGUUGAAAAGAAGCGUGUACAAGAUAGCGAAGGUAAUUUCUCAAAUAUUGGUUUACAUUGUUGGGCACAACAUAUUGUAUGGUUAUGGCAAUUAAAAUUACCGGGUAAUGUGAGCAUGUAUGUAAAACAAAGUGCUGAUAAAAUCUUAGAAUUUGGACAAAGAAAACGCAUUGAUUUCGCAAAGAAAUGUUUUGAAGUAUCCAAACAAAUUUGUACGGAAGCGGCUAUUAAAUCGAAAAAUCAAACACCAGAAGCGAAAAAAUCUGUAGUAAUUGCAUCUCCAACUCUACCAAAAUUAAUACCAAAAGAUAUACUGCCUAAAUUAGUCCCAAAAGAUGUGAAUAAGACAAAUUCAGCGCCAAAAUUAUUACCAAAAAAAGAUAGUUCAUCAAGUGCAGUUACAUCACAACAGUUGGUUUUGAUUCCAGCAACGGAUAUAUCAAAAACUGGUAAUUCGACGGUUACGUACGUAAUAAGUUCAAAUUCGAAUGUGAAAUUACAGAAUAUUUCAAAAUCUUCGAAUCCACAAAAUAUUUUAAGUAAUGUAAAAUUAAUAUCAUCAACGAGUGCAAAACCUAUUUCUAGUAGCAAACAACAGCCAAAAUCUUCAAGCAAUGUAUCUGAUAUAUUACAAAAUGUGACUAUUUUAAAUGCGGGAAAUUAUGAACCAGGCAAUGACCAGACGAUGGAUGAUAUUAUUGAAACUGUUGAAGUUUCAACUGCUGAUACAACUGAUACAGAUGAUGCGAAUAAAAAGGCAGAUGAAACAAAUAAAGUACAAUUAGUAUAUACAGACGAGGAUAAAGAAGGGGACGGAAUGUUUGAUAUGGAAUGUGUUAGUGAGGACGAAGAUCAUGAUACUUCUAAUAAUGAUACAGCCGAUGAUAUAUUAAAACAAGCAACUAUGGAUGCAUUAGGUGCUGAAGGAAUUAUUGAAAGCGAUGAUAUAACCAAGGUACAAAUGGAAGGAAUUAUUGAAAGCGAUGAUACAACCAAUAUACAAAUUGAAACUAUUGAAACACUUGAUUUUGAUCCGUCUACAUCGGAAAUGGUAAAUAUACUUUAAUUCAUUUGAUUGAGGAUUCAUAUACAGGUUUUGUUAGGUUAGUUUCUGUUGAAAUCUUAGCUGACUUUCACUCGGAUCUUCAGAUGUCUACUUCCGUUACAUCUUCGAGUCAAAAAAGACGUCGCCUCAAUAUUUCAGAGCGUUCUUCUCCAUUACAUAACGUAAAAUGUGAUUACUGCUAUGUUUAUCUAUAUUAGGUUCUUCUUUAGGAUUCAGUAGUCACAAGUUUGGGGAUACGAUACAAUAAUCUCAAUUUGCCUUUUCUUUUUCUGUAUGAUUUUCUCGCCGGUUUCUUUAGGCACAUUUCGAGGGCUGAAAAUUCAAUAUGGGCAGAUCUUUAACUUUUGACCAUCCGAAUAAAUUAUGGAACAUCCUCGAGUAUUUUGUUACGAUACAAGUUUAAGACAAUCUGAUCCAGCACUUGUCCAUGAAUAUUCUUGUUUUUUUCCCCUUACACCAGUUAUUCAUUUUUUUGUUGUGCUUUCUUAUCACACGUUAUCACAACAUGUAAGUAUUUAAAAAAUACUUACAUGUUGUGUUCUAGUCUGUGUCUCCAUAAUAUAAAUUUGAACUUGCCUAAACUUGGGCAGGAAAUGUUGCUGAAUUUUGACAAAAUAAGCAAUAGACCUUUUUCACAUUUUUUUUUCUUUUUUUUAAAUGACUGUAAAUAUCUUGAUAAAUGGGC